AUGCAAGGUACGCUUUCCAAAGAACAGUUGGCCGACUUUGCCCAGCAGGCGGUUACCAGCCUGCGACGGUUGAUAAAGCCUAGUCUCGACCCCAUCACGGUGGCGCAGCAGGAGCUCAUCUCCACCUCCAAAUCAAUAGAGGAGUCGUGGCGGAAAAAACGAAUUGUCUCAGACACAACGUUAUUAGACAUGUGGGCGGCAGAGUUUCAGGGAGAGCUGAUUGCUCAGUUGGAGCAAUACACGACGGGCAACGCCUGCAACGAAGGAAACGAUCAUGUGGCAGGCAAUGACGGUGCUCCAAAUCACGCAUUAGUAGAGUCUUCAUUAGAUAAGAAGAAUGUGAUACGGAAGUUCAUUGGAGAAUCUUCCAUGCUAACUUGCAUGGAGGCGCUGAAAAUUCUUAUUCGGACCAACGGGGACAAUUCAUCUGAGCUUAUUAUUCGGUUUAAGUUAGUAACUUACAUGACAAAGUACUUGAUGCAGGUUCCUAUGAGUAAACGGACGCGAGACACGCUUGCCUCCGUCUUGUUGGAGAUCGCUGGAUACAACUCCCAGCUUCUUGAGGAAGCUCUUGCUGAAAGCCAGAAACUUUUGCUGUUUCCUGAGGAUGCCAAAAUCGAAUCUGUGGUGACUCCACAACAGGUACAGCUGGCAUGCUUACUUGCGGCUGCGUUUCGUCGGGCAGACGUGCACAAAGUCCCUACCGAUAGCGCCCGUCUUAGGUGCGGACGCGACGGCUUUUUAUCCGGACUGAUUCGCACGUGUUUAGUAGUUGCUAGGGGAACCGCCGGCGGGGUGGGCGGCGGGAUACAGUUCACCGCAUUGGUGACGUACUUUGGUUUAGUAAGCGGCAUGGUGCGUGGGUGUGCAGCCAACAAGGAGUUGUGUAUGGGGAAGCACCGCGACGAGCUUGUGACACUGUGGGUUACUGCGGCCUCAAACGUGUCAAGGGUUGAAGUGUCACUACCCGUCCCUACGAACGUUCCUGGAAAAGACGCCACGCUUGUCGUGGAGGGGGCUCAAGCCUGGGCCUCGGAGCUCAUUGAAUUUCUGGUGGAGGUAGCAACGAGUGACAGCUUCUCGCUGCGGCGCCAGGCACUAAACGGUGAUGCCAUGCACAAGGUUGGGGGUCGAAAUAUGUUGAAUAACACUGGCUUCCCACCGCUGUCGCCGUCAUCGUUGUCUUCCCCGGGCGUCAGCCGUGCGGCUAGAAGCUAUGAGUUUUUAUCCGCCCACUGGGACACCCUCUUGGCCGGAGGAUCAGCCUACGUGUGGCGCCUGGCAUCCCUGUUGUUUAACUGCGUUUUGUCUGGGGAGGGGUGCAGUUUUAUUGCCGAGGCGCUUCUCUGCAUGGAUGCACAGAGCACCACCUCAGACGUCAUUUACCGCAGCGUUAUUGCCACACUCAUGCUACUCUGUGUGGCAACACCGAGAAAUGCCGAAGUACUUGCAGAUAGCCCAAUCAUCGAGGCACUUAUUGCACGUAUCACGUGCUCGCAGCCCAGCGUCUUUUCCCAUGAGGUGAUGAUUCUUGGAAGGCCCUGUUCUCCACACCACGCCUUAAAUGCGUAUACAGUUCAAACCACAGUGGCCUUAAUGAGCCUCUUGUCAUCGUUGUACGUCUCUGAAACGAUGCUGCCAAAGCUAUUGUACGUCGUGGAGGAGAUGUGCGUUCGACAGACCUCCUCAAUUGAUGCCGACAUUGUUGGUUCCCUGUUACAUGUUUUUACCUGUGCGGGGCUUCCUCGCGGCGUCCUAUUUUUUCCCGGUAGUGGCAGUGUGGUUUGUAUGGUGGACCGGUUCCCCACCACCCGUUUCAACGGCUACAGCUUCGCUGCAUGGAUACAUCCAAAAUGCGUUUGGCUGGAAGGGAGCCAUCUAUUUUCCUUCACGGACGGCGCAUCCGGGAGCUCCGUGACGUUGAUGAUCAUGGCAGACGGUUGUUCCUGCAGUCUGAUGAUGCGCACACGGCAUUCCACUGAAGUGACGCUGUCUAGCAUUCCCGACACCUCAUUUCCGGCAGAUGCCUGGACACACGUGGCGUUCACCCACAACAUGGCGGGGUUCUCGCUUUUUAUUGAUGGACGGCGGACUGAGAACAGCUUGUCCAUUUCGUUCCCUAAGAGCCCCUCAAAAAAAGAUCGACUGCAGUUUGCGUUUGGGGGUUACCGUGACGAGUCAUCCUUUUUUGGUUUUAUUGCGAGCAUUGAACUGUUUGAUGGGACUCUUUCAGAGAGAGAGUUGCAGCGCAUAUACCAGGCAGGCCCACGUCCCGCACGGGAGCUCCCCAUCUCGUGUCACCCAUUCCUGAGUGUGGAGAGCCAAAUAGUUUCAGGCACAAACGACUUUAGCGUUGGCGUGACGGGAACUUUGGCGGGGAGGAACGAGGGGGUGUCGGUGCAUAGCGUCGUGGCAUGCAGCCCCUUGGACAUGCACAGAAUGUUUUUGUGUGAAAAUGUGGUGAACUGGGCGCUGCGGACCCUCACGGUGGCCAAAAAAUGUUCCACAAGUUUUGGCACGGUUGCCAAGCUGUGUGUACAGUUUAUCUGCACUGCGAUGAAGCUAACAACGACGGAGAAGGAGCUGAAUUGCAUGGUGGUUGAUGGUGCGAUUGUGCGGUUGCGAGAGCAAAUGCACACAUGGGAAAACAUCCCCAUUGAGGUCCCGGCCAUUUUGAUCUCCAGCACAAUUCCACGUGGGGGUGGCAAGGUGAUGCGGACUCACCACACCACACAAGACAUGCUGUCACUGCUACUUGACGUCGUUAAUCGGGAGGGUCUCCAUCCUACAGCUAUUAUGUGCAUCUUGCGCGAGCUGAGCGACGCCUUGUUGCUUCCGGAGAAUGUUGCCAUCUUUCGGGCGGUGCCUGGACGAUUUGAGCGGAUCUUAGCGCUAAGUAUGCGGCUUCCCCCGGAGUGCGUAGAGUGCGUUAUUGCUCUUGUGGAGCGGCUAUGCAAAGAGCCACGCGAAAUGGAGCAAACGCUAUUGUUUCUCCUCUCCACCUCAGCUUCUAGAACGGCGGAUUUUGUGAAGGCGGAGAUGCUGCGCAUGUUGUUUGACAUCGCCCUCACCAACACCGCCAUGUGUGACCUUAUUUGGGGUGCCUUUGGUAACACCGGCGUCUCCUUCCUUAUUAGGCUUGUCGGUGGUAAAAAUCACAGCGAUGAGGCGGUGCGUAUCUUUGCCCUACGCAUCAUAUCUCUUAUACACCAUACCAACAAAAAGUUUCGUGAACAUUUCAUGAAAUCCCAUGGCUAUGAGGUGCUUGGAGCGGUAAUGACAGGUCCUGCGUCUUCUGCGGUUCCCAUCGGCAUAGCAAGUUUUAAUUGUCUUUUUCAGAUGGCCUUUGAUGCCUUCCAGCCGACCAUGGAGGGGGAUGCGGUGAUGUUGCAUCUGCAGCAGGCUGGCUCAUCGAAGCCAAGGCGACGUUCCACAAAGCAGCCAGAACAUAGUCAUUAUCCCACGGUAACUGCUGGUCAAACACAGACUCUACAAGGUUAUAUGCCUGGCUUAGUGUCACCGGAGUUGCGCGUGACACGACGGGAGUAUAGCUUUGAUGUCUCUCACGAGCUUACAUACGGAAAUGAUACACGGACUCUUCUUGAUGACACUCAUCGAUGCCCGCGAUCCAGGGGAAACACUCACGUUACCCUUCAGGUGCCACAGGCGAUUCAGACACUCUUGACGUUGCUGGCGCGUUUGCUGUGUGGCGUUGGCGCAAGCUCCUUAACGGUUGGUUCCACCACGGAAGUUUCUCAUCCCUCUUCUGAAGGUAACUCCGAGUCAAAUACCGCAGCGCAUGAGGACCGAGGGGCCAACAACACGGCAGACAGCGCGAGUAGAGUCUCCAUUUUCUCUCCCAUGCAGGAAGAAUCCACAGAGAGCAUUACACUUCGUGUUCUUGCGCAUCUAGAGAAAAUUGUUGAUCGCACUGAAAACGGUGAAAUGCUGCUUCCAUUCCCUUGGUUGCUGUGGUUGUGGGGUGCGGUGAGGCCCGUGAUUAACCCCGCGAGCAGCAGUGGCAACGACAUGAUAUCCAAGCCUGCAAAGAAGCACGCGGCUGCAGUGCAGCAGCGAGUACGGAACAUAGUACGCAAUCUGGCCAUUUUGGACCUGAGCCGCAACAGCAAGGCAGGAAUCGUGCGUACGCUUCGACAAGCGGGGCUUUCUUCCUUUUUUACCCGUCUUGUGCUGGAGGAAAUCGUCUCUCACUUCACGAAAAGUCGGUGUGAGAUACCAGACCGAGGCGAGGCAGCCAACAUCAUCAAGAAUUUGGACUACCUCUUUCACGGCAUCGAGGAGGUGUUAUGCCCACUCCCACUGGGGUUGGGGUUGGAGAUCGUGAAUGCCAUCAGCGCCAUCGCCGUCAACAACAACGCCUGGGUUCGCACAAAGAUGAAACAUUCAAGUCGUCUUUUUGAAACGCGGAAGACUCUCAGCUUUGCGCUCCUGGCAUCGACCAAGAAGUUUUCCAAGCUGGAGUCUGCUACGCUGACGCAGCUGUUGGGGGCGAAUGGGCACGAACCUAACACGAUACGGGUGUUGUUGCGUCGAUUGAUAACUGCAGCCUCCAACUGCGACGCGGACGAGGUCGAAGUUUUGAUUGUCUUGAUACGCCAGUUAAUGAACAGCGAGAUGAAUCAAUUCCAAAUUAUUAUUGCCAUCAUUGGCGUGGACUACCGUAGUUUUGCGGAGCUAUUAUGUGGAAUUGCAAGUGGCAAAAACGCCUCCAUGUCUUCUUCCCAGGAUCGUGGUGUGCAAGGCUCUAACUUGUCUUUUGUCCGCGCCGAAGGGAUUCCCGUUGAGGUGCCUGCGUCGGACGUUAUCCAUUGGCGCCUGGAGAACAAGGCUCAAUGGGAGAUUAUCAAACAGCGCGUGUGUGCAGCUACCAACGGCAUAAUUACUGUGCGUGGCAAGGGCGGAUCCGAAGAUCUGGUGGUGAGUCCGUCAUCCAAGACGAGGCGGGCAGAAGAGCGCCGGCAGAGUAUUCAAAACAAAGUUUCCGCCGAGGUAGAACGCAUCACCCGGGAAGUAGAUUGCCACCUGAAUGUGCAAGGCGGCAACGACAUUUUCUCUACUUCCAACAACGGUUUUACGAAGUCGACACUGUUUUCAGAUUCAACAGGAUUAGAAAUUCAAGGAGUUUUACCCUUGUGA